AUGAAAUGUCGUUUUAGGACAUCAUGGGAAUGGAAAUGCAAACAUAUCGGCGUCGAACAGAGGCGUUUGUUCAUCGAGUUCGUCUGCAACGAAAGCGAAAAACAAUUUCCAAUAAAAAUGUCUACUCAUCCGUUAUUUUUGAGGACCAGCUUGCCAGCUGCAUCGCCGAUGUUCAUAAUUUGUGUUUCGUUGUUCUUCUUCCAUAGCUAUUCUACUAACGAAUACAUCGGAUACGACAAACAUUCAAGAUGCUCGGUAAAUACAGCUCAUCGUGACUCAAAAGUACUCGCGAUUGUGUUUGAAGAGACCCUCAUGCCCCAUCUCGACGGUUUACCACUUAUGUUUCUUGAUAUAAAAUAUGACGAUAUUUUAUACCGUACUCAAACACGAGUAAACGGUCAUAUUCGGUGUCUAGCUGAUCAUCGCACGUGGAAGGUACUUUCGAAAACAUCGCGUCUUCAUUACCAUAACUGUGAAUCAAACAUGGUGAUCUCACUUUCCCAGAAAAUCCAAAGCGUCAAGAAUACCACAACCGAGUUACAAUACAUGUUCACAAGCUUGAAUUCACCCAGAAAGCUAAGUGCAGCGGCUUUGACGGCUUUGCGCCUGUUGCUUAUAUUAUCUGGAAUAGAACCAAAUCCUGGACCUUUCAACAAAGAGAAUGGAGAAGAAAGUCCAACUCCUGCAUAUCCCGUUGAAAACGAGGAACAAACUGCCAUAGCCGUUCAAGCUGUUGACGAUGCGGAUGGGUCCCAUUCAUUUGUUGCUACGUCGUCAGGCUUGAGUGAACUUCCUAUUCCAUGGAGCUACCAAUCCCAGACACAAAGUACUUCACUGGUGCAACAGCAUAGCGACAACAUCACUCCACUACAAAUACACGAGUCAAGUAUUGUUUCAAGGAUAGAACUAGACAUAUCAGAACGAUAUGGUCAGUCGGAAAUCCGGUGCAAUAGUUCAAGUCCUGAAGUAUCGAAUACACAUAGGUGGCGGGGCGAAGCAACGGCUUAUCCGACGGCAAAAUAUCUUCGCUAUGCAGCGGUCGAAGGUAGGACGUCAUCUUUUAGAAACUGGCCAAGGACACGACCAACAAUACCAGCUUUGUGUCAGAGUGGGUUUUUCUAUACAGGUAACGAUGACUUGGUUAGAUGUUUCUGCUGUGGUAUUGGUCUAAAAGACUUUUCCGACACUGACGAUCCUCUACAAGAACAUGUCCGUCACUCUAGGAACUGUGCUUACCUUUUAGUAUUGUUGGGAGGCCAAGACGGAAUAGAACGAUACCACCGAAGUUUGCCAACACAUGACCCCGAAGAGAUCAGACGCCAGCAGCGUCUUCGAUAUAACAGCCAACAAAGUGUUCCUGCGACUGGGUAUAGGGCUAGACACGAACGGCUUCGGUCACUGCAGUCUCGAUUGGAUACUUUCACUAACUGGCCGUCACAUGUGACCCAAAGACCUCAAGAGCUCGCUGAAGCUGGGCUGUAUUACACAGGUAACGACGACCAUUGCCGAUGCUUUGCGUGUGACGGUGGAUUGAGGAAAUGGGAACACGGAGACGAUCCCUGGAUAGAACACUGUCGAUGGUUUCCUGCUUGUCCUUAUGCACGCGAAGUAAAAGGGCGCGAUUUCAUCGACCUUAUUCAGCUUUCAGCUGAUCAAGCUGCCGAAGAAAACGCAUCGGCGCCGCAACAAGAUAUGACUAACUCAUUGGCUGCCAUGUUAAUGGAGGAUCCUCUAGUUCAGAGAAUUGUUGAUCGACAUGACAGUAUGCUAAAAGAGAGCAUGGGAUUUUCUGAGGAAGAAAUCAAACAGGCAGUUCUCGAACUCGUUCAGCAAGGCAAUAAAACACCCAGCAUUGAAGAUAUUGUCACCCAAAUUGAAGUUAUUGCAGAGAGAAACGCAGUAUCUCGGGACUUUCAGAUUAUCCAGAAUGUUCAACAGACAGAAGAUGGAAUGAUGGAGGAAAAUAUCCGGCUAAAAGGAAUACUUAUGUGCUGCAUUUGCAGGACCAAUCACGUGAACAUUCUCUUCUUGCCAUGUACACACCUCAAAGUGUGUCUUGAGUGUUCGAGAAAUCUUCGUAGUUGUCCUCUUUGUAAGAGGGAAAUUAAAGACAAAAUCCGCACAUACAUGCUUUAAUUUUGAAAUAUGGGACUUUACUAAAAUCCGUUUGCCGUUGAUAUGUGUUUAUAAGACUCGAUUUAGCGAUAUUCGGAGAUUGUAGAAAAUUUAAAUAAAGGUAAAAUGUAAAACGUGCCAUGAACCAGCUUUGAAACACGGCUAAUUUGGGUGGAGAAACAAGUCAAUGUUUAUUUGUUAGCUCUCAAAGAAACAUAUAUUUACUUCCUUAAGGCGACACUAGGUCAGUGGUGUCUUGGGUUUACAAAACGCAGUGCCACCCUCAAGGAAGUAAAUAUUUACAUAAUAUUACCUUAUGCAUUGUGUGCAUUUUAUUUUUAACAUUGAUUAUUCUAUGAUUUUAUUGGUGGGAUUUUUAUGUUACGAUUCUUUGUUAUAACGUCAUUUGUAUCGUAGCAUGUAGACUGUUGAAACACAUGGUAAGGUAUUCAAGCUGCAACCAUAGCAAACGCUUUGAUUUGUAAAAAAGAGUAUAAUAUAUUCUGAGAUAUAUCAGUUUGUGUUAGGGGAAUGGUUUACAAACCGCCGAAUGUAAUCCACAUACAUGCUAUAUUUGCAUACCAAUGUUAUGAACACUGUACUGUGCUAAUGCAACUGAACCAUAUAAUAUGUAUUGCACAAUUUUACAGCCGUUAAUAUAUGAAUGUAUUUUAGUGAAUUAAGAAAGUCAUUUGUAUAUUCGCGAUUGUUUUCUUCUGUACAUAGUUCUGAUGUACAGGUUAUAAAAUGCAUUUAAUAAAUAAUCACAUUGAACGCUAGUUCGUGAUUGUGUUGA